AUGGUUCGAGCACCACCACGAGAAGAGACAGGAACAGGUCCUGAGCGCCGGCCACGCUGGACGCAGGUGCGGGAUGACACAUUCAGCUUGAGUUCUUGCUUUUUAAACUUGCCUGGACAGCUGAGAAAUGAAGUGGGAGUCACAGCCAGUACAAUUUGUUCUCUGCUUUAUUUACAGGAGCCAAGCAAUAAACGGGUUCGGCCUUUAGCGCGGGUCACGUCCUUGGCGAACUUGAUCUCUCCUGUAAGAAAUGGUGCAGUUCGACGCUUUGGUCAGACAAUACAGUCAUUUGCCCUUCGCAGUGACAGCAAAUCUCCUAGCUGUGCCCAGAAGUCAUGUAGUAGAUCUGCUGCUCCUACCCCUCCGAAAAGAAGAAACAGUGUACUUUGGUCUGAGAUGUUAGACGUCAACAUGAAAGAGUCCCUGAGCACCAAAGAAAUCAAGCGCCAGGAGGCAAUAUAUGAAAUGUCCAGAGGAGAGCAGGAUCUAAUAGAAGAUCUGAAGCUUGCCAGAAAGGCCUAUCAUGAUCCCAUGCUGAAACUCUCUAUCAUGUCCGAGGAGGAACUCACCCACAUAUUUGGGGACUUAGAUUCCUAUAUUCCUCUGCAUGAAGAUUUGUUGGCAAGUUUAGGAGAAGCAACAAAACCUGAUGGAACAGUGGAGCAGAUUGGGCCCAUUCUUGUGAAAUGGUUGCCACGACUUCAUGCCUACAAAGGUUACUGCAGCAAUCAGCUGGCAGCCAAAGCACUUCUGGAUCAGAAGAAGCAGGACCGGAGAGUGCAGGACUUCCUUCAGCGCUGCCUUGAGUCUCCGUUCAGCCGUAAGUUAGACCUUUGGAGCUUCCUGGACAUUCCUCGAAGUCGACUGGUCAAAUACCCACUGCUCCUAAAAGAAAUCUUGAGACACACUCCGAAAGACCAUCCUGAUAUCCAGAUUCUAGAGGAAGCAAUCACUAUAAUCCAAGGAGUCCUCUCUGACAUCAACUUGAAGAAGGGGGAGUCUGAGUGCCAAUAUUACAUUGACAAGCUGGAGUACUUGGAUGAGAAGCAGAAGGACCCGAGAAUUGAGGGCAGCAAAGCUUUACUGUGCCAUGGGGAGCUGAAGAAUAAAAAUGGACAUAAACUGUACGUCUUCCUCUUCCAAGACAUCCUGGUUUUGACCCGACCAGUCACUCGAAAUGAGCGUCAGUCCUACCAAGUGUACAGGCAGCCGAUCCCCGUCCAGGAGCUGCUCCUCGAAGACCUGCAGGAUGGCGAUGUGAAAAUGGGGGGAUCCUUCCGAGGAGCUUUUGGCAAUUCAGAUAAAGCUAAAAAUAUCUUCCGAGUCCGUUUCCAAGAUCCCUCCCCAGGCCAGUCCCACACGCUGCAAGCCAACGAUAUCUUCCACAAGCAACAAUGGGUUAAUUGCAUCCGAACAGCCAUUGCCCCCUUCCAGCGGACUGCGGCCGCAGGGGAGCUAAAGGAGUUGCCAGAGCUCAGCGAAGAGUCUGAGGAGAACAACCCUUCCGCAUCCAACACCAAAGUCCAGAGGAGGCAGUCUGCCAUGUCUGGCAUAACUGAGAUGGAGCUAGACGAAAACAUGCCCGAGUGUGGCUCCAACCAGGACUCGGAGGAAGGCAAGGGUUUGAAAAUACACAGAACGCUCUCUGGGCACAGAAAAACGAGAGAGAAGCAGCUAAGCAGCAAACGGAAAGAAACGUUAGUGUAAAGAGGAGUCCGGGAAUGUCCUUGUGGAAGACUGUUUAUUUAUAAAUAACGUGUACAUUUUUCUUGUAAUGUGAGCAUGAUGGGAUUUACUCUAUUGAACAGAAAUGUCUCUUUUUUCUUUUUUUCUUUUUUUUUAUGUUAUAAUGGCAGCUACUGGUAUACAGUUAACACUGUUGAACUGGAGUUCGUUUUUUGCAAACACGGCCACCUUGAACCUGAUUUCAUGCUGUAAAUUUGUGACUCAAAAGUCCUCGUGCUUUUGACUGUUAAUGGCAAAUUUGAAUAGCACGCUUGGCUUUUCCAAAGCGUUACCGCGUGCAGCAUUUGAGAGGAAAACGGGAAAUGUAAAGCAGAAGUGGGUGUUUUUAACAGAAGCCUAGCUGAACACCUCACUUCCAGUGGUUUUGGAUCAGCACUGCAAAAGUACUCCUAAAGUGGACUUGAAGCCUGAAUGCACAUUUUCUUUUUGUUUAUGCAGUGCAUGUUUUGCAGUGUUUGGUUAUUGUAAUCCGUAUAACUUUUUUUUUUUUUUAACAAAAAGAAAUUAAAAAAAAAAUCAAACCAAAAAACGGACCCCAGGUUCAAUAGGUUUUCAAUUUACCUACUGGAAUUUUUCAUCUUAGUUUGUCUCUUGUACAUUCCUCAUUUUCACUCACGUAACCUGCCAAGUAUUUAAUUUGUAUUAGUUUUUGUUUCAGGUUUGUUUGGGAUUUUUUUGGUUUUUCUUGGGGUUUAAUUUUCCUUUUUUUUUUUUUUUUUACUUUUUGUACUUUUUUUUUUUGGUUGUUGUCUUUAGAGUCUUUCAGACUUGGCAUUUCCUUUCAAGUACUUGAUCCUUCUUGUUCAAAGAUGCGCAUGUACAUACGACUUGUCACUUCAAAACCCUGCAAAGCGAAACCAAGCCAUAGUGUUAAGAGCCAGGAGGCUGGGAGGCAGCGACUCGCUCGACGCAGCGUUUCGAGUGCGUUACGACGAGCAAUAUAAAUGGCUUGUGUGUGCUCUGAACUACUGAAAGAGAACUGCAUUGCUAAGGGGUUAGGAAGGUUUUAGGAACGUUGCAAAGGGUUUGGGGAGGGGAGAGGAGUAUUGGUUAGAGGGAAUAGUAGGGAGUGAAGGUAGGUUUUUGUUGUUGUUACUUUUGAAAAUGAAGUGCCUUCCACCGGAGGGUGGCAGACAGAACUGGAGGCAACCAAGGGGAUAUCGUAGGUGGUAGAAAGGUAGAGAAAAGAAAGUGUCUGAAGCUGAUGAAUUAAGAAAAGCAGAGUUAGUGAUUGUAUAUACUUGUAACGGCAGCACUGCCAUGUCCUAGUGGUCCAAAGAUUCCUGUGAGAGAAGUCCAGCCUGAUGGCUCUGUGCUGCAAAAUGUAAGAAACAAAAUGGUGACAAGUAUGAGAAAAGCCACCAGGUUGUUUGGGUAGUUAGACUGGUAAUGACAUGGCAAUGAUAGGGAUCCCAUGAUACCGACCCUUGAGCGUCAUCUGCAAUCGGUGCUUAAGGAGCCCUAACUCGGAUGUAAAGGGUUAUCGGCUGUAAGAUGUUUGGCCAGUAACGUUGGAAAUCGGAGGAGGGUGUACAUAGACCCAGCAAAACGCGUGGUUCUCUGUAAAUGUAUUGUACAGUUUCAAGUGCCAAGUACAAUUAAAUU